UAUUUCUCGGCGACCCGUCGCGGGGGUUCACUAUGGUAGGCAGAUCGACAUAAUUGCCACCCCUCGCCCUUUGCGCGCAAUCUCCCUUUAUUGCUCGAACGCCUCUUCUCCUUCCUAUCUUUCAGGUUAUCAUCUGAAUCCCCCUCCUGGAGUCCUGAAGGCUGGACUCACUUCGGAUUCUGCCACUCCUUUGGACAAUAUUCGCUCUUUACCAAUAUACGUUCCUUACGUGCUUGUUCGGGCAUAUAGCCUUAUUGGGUCUCUUGGUGUAGUAUUCUCAUCGAUUGGGAGUUACUAUAGAGCUGAAAAAAAAGGAGAAAAACCUUGUGAGCUCCCUCUCUUUGACCAACGUCAACCAGGACAGCAGGAACUGUUGAUACCCAGCGCAUCGAAACAAAUAACUAUCGAUAUAUACACCUUUAGACGCUCUCGGAAUUCAAAGAGCAGUCUUGUGCUUAGACCAUUGCUUCUAGCUAUCCGAAAAUGAGGGCCAGUAACUGGCUCAAUGCCGCGCUUGCGGCGGCGUUGACUAUGAAUGUCGACCUGGUCGCCGGUUUCUGGCGUCUCCCGUGUCGAGGACGCUCCGGUGCCGCAAGAGUUGAUCCCCUGAUGAGUCCAGGAGAGAUCUCUCAGCAUGUCCACGUUGUUGCUGGUGGUAAAAAUUUUGGACCGAACGCUGACCAGGAUUCCUUGAUGAAUUCUGAGUGCACUUCGUGUGCCGUUACCCAGGAUAAGUCGGCGUACUGGGCCCCGGGACUUUACUUCAUAUACCAAAAUGGAACCGCCGAGCUUGUCCAGCAAGAGGGUGGUAUGCUUGGUGGCUUCACCGUCAUAUAUGCCGAUCACAGGAAUUCUGAACGAUUCAUUAGGUACUAUCUUCUGUACGGCGAGAACAUCAAGGCUUUCCCCAACGGUUUCAGAAUGAUCGCCGGUGACAGCACCAAGAGGAACUUCACUGGUCCUAUCCCUGAUGCCCCCAAGUCUCUUUGGGGAAGUGCCGACGAACACCAGAAUGAGCUGGCGGAGAAGGCCAUUGGCUUCAACUGCUUGAACUAUGCGACCAACCCGGAGCCUUCCCUCUACCGCCACGAGUUUCCCAAGAAGGAUUUCAUAGAUGCUAACUGCCCCGAUGGAAUACGUGCCGAAUUGAUGUUCCCGUCAUGCUGGAAUGGCAAAGACGUCGACUCUGAAAACCACAAGGACCACGUCGCAUACCCAUCUCUCGUCAUGGAUGGCGAAUGUCCUAAAGGCUACGAGACCAGAAUUGUUUCUCUGUUCUACGAAACAAUCUGGAACACGGCUGCAUACAAGGAUGUCGAAGGAACCUUUGCCUUUGCGAACGGUGAUCCUACUGGUAAUGGCUACCACGGAGACAUGAUGAUGGGUUGGGACGAGGAUUUCCUCCAGCAGGCGGUGGAUACGUGUACCAAUCCAUCCGGUGAGGUCGAGGACUGCCCUCUAUUCGAUCUUCAGUCGGACGACGACCAGAUCCAGUGCCGUUUCGAUGUUCCAUCCGAUCUCCUUGACGAAGACGUUCUCUUUCACAAUGGCCUUCCUGGAGGCCUGCAGCUUUCAUGGGGACCCGAACCUCAGCUCAUGAACAUGGGUGGUAUUAUCUCCUCACUGGUAUCUUCCCUAGUACCAUCGCCAUUUGCAUCUUCUUCUACCCCGUCGCCAUCUGUGGUAUCAUCAUCGGCUACUCCCACGCCGUCCGAAACGACUUCCAGCGUCGCCACGUCUUCACCAUCCCUCGUUUUGCCUUCUGACUUCACUCCCGUGACCAAGCUGGAAGAAGUUGCUGCGACUACUGCUGUUUCUGAGCAGGCCAUCCCAAGUUCCCUUAUUGGCAAGACCGCUGCGUACGAAAUUGUGGUAGUCGAAGAGGACAUUUUUGUCACGAUGGACAAUACCGGUAAUGUUCUGGGUAGCUCUUCAGCGGAUCUGAAGACCCUCUACACAUCGAGCUCGACCGGCAUUAUCGGUGCCCCCAGCGCAGCUCCUGAGAAAAGGGACGGAGUCCACCCUCACGCCCACAAACACAUCCACGGCAGACGGGGCGUCGGUCACCACCAUUGA